AUGUCAGUUUCCUCUCUGGGCAAGAAGAUGCUCAUGGAAAAAGAAGACCCCAACCAGACUGUGGUGGACUCCUUCUUCCUGGAGGGUCUGAUGUACACAGCUGAACAUCCUAGCCUCUUCUUCCUCCUCUUCCUGCUCAUCUACGGAAUCACCAUAACUGGGAAUCUCCUCAUUCUCAUAACCGUGGGCUCUGACCCUCACCUCUGCUCCCCUAUGUACCACUUCCUGGGGCACCUCUCCUUCCUGGAUGCAUGGCUGUCUACAGUGACAGUGCCCAAGGUCAUGGAUGGCCUCCUGACUCUGGAUGGGAAGGUGAUCUCCUUUGAGGGCUAUGCCCUACAGCUUUACGGCUUCCACUUCCUGGCCAGCACCGAGUGCUUCCUGUAUACAGUCAUGGCCUACGACCGCUACCUGGCUAUCUGUCGACCGUUAUACUACCCAGCGGCCAUGAACAGGAGGAUGUGCGCGGGACUGGCUGGGAUCACUUGGAGCCUAGGUGCUGUUCACUCUGCAAUCCAUACCUCCCUCACCUUCCACCUGCCCUACUGUGGGCCUCGUCACAUUGCCUACUUCUUCUGCGACAUCCCCCCUGUGCUGAAGCUCGCCUGUGCAGACACCACCAUUAACGAGCUUGUCAUGCUGGCCAACAUUGGCAUUGUGGCUGCAGGGUACCUGAUCCUCAUCGUCGUGUCCUACAGCUUCAUCGUGACGGCGGUGGUGCGCAUCCGCACUGCCGAGGGCCGGCAGCGCGCCUUCUCCACGUGCACCUCCCACCUCACGGUGGUGCUCCUGUACUACAUGCCACCGGUGUCUAUCUACCUGCAGCCUCGCUCCGGGGCAGCAGGAGCCGGGGCCUCCGCUGUCUUCUACACCAUAGUCACCCCCGUGCUCAAUCCUUUCAUUUACACCCUGCGGAACAGGGAGGUGAAGCGGGCUCUGAGAAGAUUUCUAGGCCAAGGCUCGCCAGAGUCUCCUGCAGGCAACCCACCACCCUGA